AAACUUUCAUUGCGGAAACUGUAGUCCAUUAACAGAAGGGAGUGGAUUCACUUGGAAUAUCUCAAACAGAUGGUGAAACAUGCCGAAGCUCUACAUUCGUGCCCUGAGCCUGGUAAUAUGCAUCCCAGCCAUCCUGUGCGCUGUUACCACAGAGGGACAGUAUUCAGUCCUGGAGGGCCAAACUGUUGUCAUACCGUGUCACUACGAGCCCCAGUAUGAACACUAUGUAAAAUAUUGGUGUCGGGGGACGACGAGGGAGUUCUGCACCAGCUUAGCCCGAACAGAUUACCUCCAAGCAUCCGAUGCAGCCAAGGAUAAAGCGAGCAUUUCUGAUGACAUGGACCAACUGGUAUUCACUGUGACCAUGAAAAACGUGAAGACAGGGGACACUGGGUGGUACAUAUGUGGUGUGGAGAUAGGCAGUAUAUGGAGUGCUGAUGUUGUCACUUUCUCAAACAUCAGGGUCAUUGAUGGUAUGUCUGUGGUGAACACCCAAGUGACUGGGGAAGAAGGGGGAAGUGUCACAGUUGAAUGCCUCUACAGUGAGAGAUACAGAGAAAGCAGAAAGAAGUGGUGUCGGAGUGGAGACUGGAGCUCCUGUCGGCUGACAGAUUCUGGAGCGAGCUACGAAGAUGCUUCAGUGGCCAUCAUUGAUGACAGAACUAGGACUUACUCUGUAACCCUAAAGAAGCUGCAGCUGAGAGAUGCCGGCUGGUACACUUGCUCUGCAGGAAAGCACAAGAUUUCCGUGCAAGUGCUGGUGACGUCUCGACCCAAAGAUACGCUGCCUGUGACAUCCACACCUGCGCCAACUAAGUGUAAUGCCUACGUGCCUGCCAAACCCAUCAGCAAGGAGUCCACUCGUAGUCACCACUUGGAGUCUUGGCUGAUGUGCUCUGCUAUAGUCCUCCUCCUCGGAGUAGCCAUAUUUGGGAGGAAGUUAUGGAAAGUGCACAAUCCUAAAUAUCAAUUUAUAGAGCAGGGAUCUGCCCCCACACAAAGCAAGGACAACAAAUCAAAGUCAAAUAAAUGUCCAUGGGAUGUAAGCGACCAGCAGGACACCACAGUCGUUUUCCUAAACAGGGAUGAUAAGAGGGAUGACGCCUUUCUGUACUGAGCUCCGUCAGUGCAGUGUUUGAUGACACUCUGCAAGUGACAAUAAAUCCAUAUAUGCAUGACUCUAUAUCCAGUGCCUUUUAUAUCGUAUACCAACACAUUGAAAACAAUUAUAAUGUUUAUUUUCUGCUUUCAUUACACAACUGAAACAGGCUGCAGAUCGUAACAGAGAGCUGUUACUUUUAAUUGCCAACACUGAAACCAUGUAGUCUUUCAUUUGUAAGGAUGAGCCCCGUGAAUAACUCCACAGACUGUUGGAUGAAGGCAUUUGGGGAUUUGAGUAAACGGGUGGGGUUUAUAGCUACACGACAGGGGGAAUGUUUAAUUCAAAGUUUAUGUUUUAAAAUAAAUUCAGAUUUCAAUUAUGA